CGAAUCGCUCACAGGUAGCCGCUGCUGCAGUCGUUUUGCAAGAGACAGAAAGAUAGUGAGAGAACACCACCCGCUGUCAACUCAGUUUACAGAAGUGGGUGUGUUUGCUGUGCAGUGUCUGAAUAAAACCCGUUUGCCAGAUCUCCACAGCAUCCACAACCUCAGCCCCGCGCACACCAAGAUGAGCGACUCACAGAGUGUCAACAAAAGGGAGAUCAAUGGAGACCUGCCGGCCCCAAACCAGGACGACAUCCCGGCAGAGCUACUCAGUCAGGUGGAGGCGUGCCUGCAGCCCUUCCAGCUGUCCACGAGCCGCCUGGUCGACGUCAGCCAUUGGCUGAGGAGGGACCUGAGUCGUGGGCUGGGCAAGCACAGCCACAGGCGGGCCGCCGUCAAGAUGCUGCCCACCUUCGUGAGAGCCACGCCCGACGGAACAGAGAGAGGGGACUUCCUGGCCCUGGACCUGGGGGGAACCAACUUCCGGGUGCUCCACGUGAGCGUGGGCCACGAGGAGCAGAGGGUGGUCACCAUGGACAGCCAGAUCUGUGAGAUCCCUCAGGACAUCAUGCUGGGCACCGGGGAAAAGCUCUUUGACCAUCUAGCCCAGUGCAUGUCUGCCUUCCUGAACUCUAAACCCGAGCUCCAGGGGAAGACCCUCCCCCUGGGCUUCACCUUCUCCUUCCCCUGCGAACAGAAGGAGAUCGACAAGAGUAUCCUCAUUCGCUGGACCAAAGGUUUCAACUGUGACGGGGUCGAAGGUCGCGACGUGGUGCAGCUGCUCAGGGAGGCGGUCCUGAGGAUAGGGGAAUAUGACAUUGGGUCCAUUGCCAUGGUGAAUGACACAGUAGGGACUAUGAUGAGCUGCGGUUAUAGAGAUCAGAGUUGCGAGAUUGGCAUGAUCAUAGGCACGGGCACCAACGCCUGCUACAUGGAGGAGAUGAGGAACGUGAAGCGGACGGAGGGCGAGGACGGACGCAUGUGCAUCAACACCGAGUGGGGGGGCUUCGGGGACGACGGCUCCCUGCAGAGCAUCCUGACGGAGUUCGACCUGGUGGUGGACCGCGAAUCCCUCAACCCCGGUGUGCACACGUUUGAGAAGAUGAUCAGCGGCAUGUACCUGGGCGAGGUGGUGCGUCUGGUGCUGGUGAGCCUGACCCAGGAGGGCCUGCUGUUCGGUGGACAGACGUCCCCUGACCUUCUCGCCCAGGGCCACUUUGAGACCCGCUACAUGUCCGACAUUGAACAGGAGGAUGUAGGUUUAGACCAGGCCCAGGUCAUCCUGACGGGGCUGGGUCUGAAGGCCGGCCCGGUUGAUUGCCGUGUGGUACGCUUGGUUUGCGACGCCAUUUCCACGCGCUCCGCCCAGCUCUGCGCCGCUGCCUUGGCAACGCUGGCCAAGCGGAUCCGGACCAACCGCGGACUGCAGCGCCUGGAGACCACGGUGGGGGUGGACGGCACCGUCUACAAGAAACACCCCAAUUUCAGCCAGAAGCUCCAGGCCGCCGUAAGGGUCCUCGCCCCCAAGUGUCACAUCAAGUUCCUGGUCUCGGAGGAUGGCAGCGGGAAGGGCGCCGCCAUGGUAACGGCCGUGGCACAGCGGCUGGCUCGCCAGUCCCGCCUCCUGGAGGAGAGCGACGGGGAGGAGAGCGAGGAAGAGGAGGUGGAGGAAGACGAUGAAUAUAUGUAGAGGCCUCCGGGAUACAGACAGAAACAUUUAAGAGAUAUUUGUCCUUUGCUGUUAAUAUUUGCGCUUUGUUGGUGAACUUGCUUUAUAUGCAUAUGGUUGUGGGUUGGGGUCCCGAUGGACGCCUUGCUAAAGGGCAGCAGGGCAGCUCUGGAAUAGAGAAAAGUGUGACGUCACGUUUCCAUAGCAACCGAUUUUUGGUUCUACACAAACCAAAUGAACAAGGGGUAAUCCUAUUACACACGAACGUUUGAUAGAAAAGGAACGAUUUUUUUGCGAAUUGAUUUGCGAGUUUGCUUUACCAAUGAUGUAAGUAAUAUUGAGAUUGGGACAAUUUACCGUUGCAUUAUAAACUUUAUCUUUCAUGCUAGGGUGAAAUCUUCCUUUUAAUAGGCCUACCCCAGGGGAACACAUGAACGCCUCGACACGUUUAGAUUGGUAGUGAUUUUCACCUCUUGAAAUUGAUCUGUUUUCAUUUUGAAAGAAACAACACAUGGAAGCAUUGUUAAACGCAAUCUCUCGUUUCGUUGUUAGGACCGAAAAUCUGGUUGCCAGGAUAACGUGACGUUUUCACUUUAGUACUCUAUUGCCCUGACCAACCCUGAAAGUCAUUAUUAAAGCCUACAAGAUUUGUUGUUAUGUUGCCUAAAGCAGCCUUCCUCCAACGUGUCCUUAAACUAAACACUGAACUCACUUUAUCGUUAAUUAAAUGGACAUAUACAUUUUAUAUUUUUCUUAAAUAUAAGCACUGCCAUACAGAUUAUAUAUUAACGGACUAUACAGACUUUAGCUUUUUGUCAUGUGUCAAACCAAGUUACCACACACCAAGUUGAACAAAGGGUUUGUGAUUCUGUCCACUUCCUUGUAUUUGUUAUUGUCAUUUGCAUAAUUUGUUUACAUGGUUCUAUCCGUGCUUCAUUCCAUCCAUUACUGCAGUGUAGCGUUGCUGCCACCAGGGGGCCAAAAUCUGCCUCAAGGGCUAUUUUUUUAUUGGAAUUUUUUUGUCCAUAAUCCUGGCCUGGAACUCAGCAGGCGCAGACUUACCACUGCACAUGCCAGUGUUCGUCAGUAGGUUGCAACCUUUUUAUAAUGCAUACAUCAUUGCUGAAAUCCCAAUGGAACACGUUUUAAUUAAUAUACAGUUCAUGUGAUGUUUGGGUUCUCAAAUUGAAAUUCAACAAACAAGUCUAUUGAAAUACAUUAUUGGUCUAUAGAUGCUUCAAUUGUAUUUAUUGUAUUCAAUCAUUGUGAUUAUAAAUAUGCUUUCCGAGGGAUCACAUCUUUGUGUUGAUUGAAAAAAGAAAUAUCGUCAUUUCGAGUAUUUCCAAUACCUGUUCAGUUCUGGGUUUGUCAGUCAAAAGCAUUCAGGCAGACCAGUCAUGAUAACCCUGGCGGUGGAAAGGGCACAUUACACUUAAGGAUAUUAAACAAGCAGCCACAUUAAGUAAUCCAUUGAAAAGUAAAUAAUCCCCUAGGAUCGACCGUAGUCAAGCAUGAAGACAAAAUGAUAGAUAAAUUGUUACUCAUCAGAGGUAAUUAUCUUGAAUAUCAUAUUAUAUAUAUAUAUAUCAAAACUAACUGAAUCAUGUUUUUUCUUUCACAACAAAGCUUAUAAAGUUUACAACCGGGAGCCUAUGGAAAAAGAUGAGGACUAGAUUCUAGGCUCUGAGUGAGUAACUAUUAAUAAGAGGUGGAUUGGAUUUCAAUACCUGCCCAAGGCUUGGUCACGUCAGGUUGAGGGUUGCUCCAAUGUUCUCCUUCUCGCUGACGCUUGCAGCAAGUGAAGUUCUAGGAUAGGUUACUGGGUGAGGCCCGGGCGCUUUGUUCAUUGUUAUGAUGGGCUGGCAUGUUGGGAUGUGUUAAUGUAACGAUGGAGGUAAGUUGGGGCAAAGCUCAUGCACUGAUGGUUGACGUUAUACGACUUCUUGGCAUGCAUUUUCUAGUUUAAUUCCUCAAUCACUUGUUUUUGGUUUGAUGAUUCAUGCAUCAAUUAUGUGAGAUGCAGUCAGAUUUUGAGUUUUUUUCCAUACAUAUUUGAAAUAGGAUGUUAACUAUUGGACGCUAUUGGAUAAGUGCUGACCGGCUAUAUCUCAU